AGUGUUGUUCUGAAAGUGAUGUUCGAUACUUUUCUUCCUUUUAAUUCCAUAUUGAAAGUAUGACAUAUAUUUCUGCAGUGUACGUAGAUUGGCUGAGAGACUUGGGAUUGAAAUGCAGGUCACACCCCGACUGCAGACCUUCUGUUGUAAGGGAGCCUAGGUCAUAUCAACAGGACCACUUAGCAAUUCCUUAUUAAUGCAGUCUUGACUCUGGUUUAAAGGAGGGCUUUGAUUGUCUUCAGUGUAAAUACCAAUUUUGAUCUGGUAUCUGUUCCAAGCCUAAUUUACAGCUGUAAUAAAAUGCAAAAGACAUUACAAUUUGUAGGAGUUGUAAGGCCGCCCCCCUAAACAGUCUCUGUGUUCUGCCCAGAGAUAUCCUAUAGGGGCAUCUAUACAUCUCCAAGAGUAGAAUCAACCAAAGUAUAUGUGCUCUGUGUCACUAAAGGAACAAUACUGAUGUUCAUAUAAUUUGAUAUAGUGAAACAAAGCAGUCAAAAGAUUUUAUUAAAUGUUUCAACUCAUCAGAAGUCUCUCUAUUAUCAUAGUUAUUCUAAUAGUCCAGGAAUUAUUGAGCAAAACAAAAUUAAUCGUUACAGUACACAGUCUGGCUGUUUGUUUACAGCUGCAUUUUAUUGUGCAAUCCUGUAUUUACACUAACAAGAACCCCUCUUUUGUCUGAAGACACCUAGAAAAUCCUUACCUAGACUGCUACUGUAUGUACUUAGGAAUAACCUUCGGUGCUUGUCAAAGUUUGUACUUUGAAACGACCACCCAGGCUUUGCUGUGUCUGUCUACCUGUGGUAGUCAGCAGGGCUGGCUUAUGGAGGGACAGGGAAGAGGGGACUUUAUAAAAGAUCUGGGUAGAGGUGUUACUGUAUUAGUCAAGACUGAGGGAGCUGAAGAACACGGAGGGAACCCUUUUCUUUAGCCCAUGAUGGGUUACAGCAACCUGUGUCUGCUACUGCUGCUGAGCAGCUACACGUUGGCCCAGGAAGGCAAUGGCAGUAAUGAACAAAGUUCAACGUGUCUGUUGGCAUCCAGAUUCAAGACCUAUAAGAAAUAUGUGUACCAAUACACCACAGUGAGCAGAAAUGGUGUGGUGGGCACUGCUAACCUGAAGAAUGGCCCUAAGGUCUCCUGUCAGGUAGAGAUUGAAGUCCCCCAGAUGUGCAGAUUCGUCAUGCACACCAGGGACUGUGCUCUCAGUGAGGUGUCUGUCAUGGAUCCCCAGGGCCAGCCGGUUUACAGGCAGGCCCCCGGCUCUGAGGCCUUCCAGGCUGCCAUGGAAAGGAACCUUCUUAGGUUCACUGUGGAAGGAGGUACCAGUGUUCAACUUUUCCCCAAGACAGAUGAGCCAGUCAACAUCCUUAAUAUUAAAAGAGGAAUCGUUUCAGCACUCAAUGUGCCCGUCAUGGAGGAUGAACAGAAGAGCCUCAUGAGCACAGUGCAUGGCCAAUGUUUAACAGAAUACCUGGUCCAUGCCAGGAAGGAUAUUGCCACAGAUGUGACACUGUCCAGAGAUCUGUCCCAGUGUGACCAGUUUUACAGCAGGAAACUAGUCAACAGCCCCCUGGCCCUGCUGCAAAAACUGCAUGGCCCCAUGUCUAAACUGAUUACAAGCACCCAAGACUGCAACUACCAGUUUGAUAACAAGGGAAAGCACAUCACAGCAGCCAUGUGCACAGAAAAACACAUCUACCUGCCAUUUUCCCAUGAGGGCAAUGGAAUAUCAUCUGUGGUGACCCAGGAUCUCAGCUUUCAAAGCUCCAAAAGGAUCAACAACAAAGCUUUUGAUGUGAACCCCAGCCAGACCAAACCACUCUACUUUGAAGACCCUGAUGAUAAAGCUCCAAUACAGACGAAGGACGCUGUUCUGGGCACCCUACGGGAGCUUGUGGCUCUGGCAGGCACAGACCACGGUCAAAAGAGGACUAGCCUUUUCCAUAAGCUGGUGUCCAGCCUGCGCGUCCUAAGGAAUGAGACCCUGAGCCAGAUAGUCACUGAGAUGUUGGAUAUGUCAGGCUGGCUCACCUGGCAGGCCCUGUUUCAGUGUGGAACCACAGAGUGCACCAGCGCCAUCCUCCACACUAUCAGGAGCUUUGAUGGGUUGUCACCAGAGGUGGACGCUCUAGUCUAUGGGCUGAGUCUACAGGCUGACCCUGAUGCCACACGUGUCCGAGAUAUGCUCAGCAUGGCCCAGUAUAAACAGAGCAGGGCAAUUAUGUAUGCUCUAGCCAACACAGUCAAGAAGUUCUAUAAAUCAGAGGUUACUCCAGUGGUCACAGAUGUGUCAAAGUUCAUGGAAACACUCUUAAAUGACUGCACGGGAGAAAUCUUUGAUGAUGACUCUGACUUUCCCACUGACCCCGAAGACAUGCCCUUCCUUGUACUGAGGGUUGUUGGUGUCAUGGGUCAAGCCAUGCAAGCUGUCAGCCCCAGUCUGAUUUCCUCCAUUUUGCGUUGUGCUAAGAAAACAAACAUUCCAUUAUCAAACCAAAAGGCAGCUAUACAGGCCUUUAGGUUGAUGGAUAUUAAUGAUGAGGUCAGAAACAUUUUCAUGGAGGUGUACAAGGAUGCUAAGAGCCCUGUUGAAAAACGUGUAGCAGCCUACCUGAUUCUGAUGAAGAACCCAGACCAAGCCCUGGUUAGAGACAUUCUGUACAAUUUGGAGAAUGUGAGGAACGAGCAGCUCAAAAGCUUUGUGGUUUCCCACCUGAAAAACAUCCGCAACUCCGGCGAGCCACAAAUGCAUCAACUCAGAGAGUACAUUGAGUUGGCCUUGAAAGAUCAGCUAUCACCCGCAAACAAGGUAUUUGAUGGCAUGUCAAGCAACUACAAAAUAGACUCUCCCUUGGGCUCCGUGCAAAGUAACAUAAUCUUCGGUGCUACGGACACCUUACCUAAGGAGGUGAUGCUGGAGACCACUUUAAAGGUUUUUGACUACAACUAUGACAUAUUUGAGGUUGGUGUUGAGGGAACUGGAUUUGAACCAACAAUUGACGCUCUCUUUGGAGAGAAUGGUUUCUUCCCUGACUCCAUCACCAAAGUCAUGUACUGGGCAGGGGACAAAGCCAAGAUGCUCAGAGAGGUUUUGGAUAGAAUGGCCCCCGAAAGAGACAGAAUGAAGAGACAGGUCCCAAAGGAUCUUCUGAAAGAUAUCACAAACAGCGUUCAGAAGCUCAUGGAUGACGCACGUUUCUCUUCAGCCCCUGAAGCCAUUGCCUAUCUCCGGCUUCUAGGAGCUGAGAUAGGAUACAUCAAGACCAGCGACAUGAAAAAGAUGGCUGAGACUCUGUCCAUGUACUACAAUGUUUUCAUCAGGGUCCUACCUGUCAAGGCCUAUUUUGCAUUGAUAUCUAGCACUGAAAAUGAAGUCUUUGGCCACUACAUCUUCAUGGAGAAUGCCUUCUCUUUACCCACUGCCUCUGGCUUUCCUCUAAAGUUCUCACUGGCUGGUGUGUUUGCACCUGGUGCCAAAGGAGGCCUGACUUACUCACCUGCUAACACAAUGACUGACUUGUCCUUCAUGCCUUCAGUUGGGCUAGAAUUCAUCACCCAAAUGGGUGUGCACAUUCCAGACUAUGUGGAGGCUGGGCUUGAGAUGCACACUAACAUGUACCAUGAGAGUUCCCUCAAUGCUAAGAUCACCAUGAGCAGAAAGCAGAUGAGGCUGUCCAUCCCUGCCCCUAAAUCAAACACUCAGUUGUUCAGCAUUAGCAACAAGCUGCUAUCAGUGUCCUCUGGUCAAACAAAAAUAGUGCCAUCCCUGGUGGAGGACCGGACUGACUCAACGGACUGCCAGCCCCUUUUCUAUGGUCUGAAAUUAUGCACAAUAGCACGUUACUCCAAUGCUACUUCAGUGGACCAGGCCCCAUAUUACCCCCUGACCGGAGAAAGCAGGUUUGCAGUUGAAAUCCAGCCGACAGGGGAAGUUUCAGAGUACACUGCCACCAUCACUGACGAAACGCUCAGAGAGGGUAAAAAGGGUCGGCAUAAAGUAGACUCUCUGACGCUAACCCUAAAGGCAGAAGGGUACGAUUCAUCUGAGGCCACUGUAGCUCUGAGAUACAACCACAACAAGAGCACUCUCACCGCUGAGGUUGUCAUUCCUGACUACAAUGUGGAAGCAGGCAUCAAGCUGGCUGUAACUGACAGUGAUGCCAAAGGAAAGAAGAUGAGAGGUAUCACCAUUGAUGUCACCAACAGGAACAUCCCACAGCUGACUCUUGUUGGACACUCAAGACUUGACAUGAUGAAGAAUGCCAUGCUGCAACUCCAGAUGGCCAUUCCAUCUCUGAAAACUGAUGCCUCUGUCACUGCAACUCUGAAGAGGGAUGAUGAUGUGUUCAUGGACUUAGAGACAGUCAUCAACCUCCCUGAGACAUCCUACCAACAGAAAGCUUCCCUUAAAUACAAUGAUGACACGUUUGAGGUGGAACUGAAAUCACAUCUGAAGUCAGAGAUUCAGAAACUGAUCCCAAAUAUAGAGAAUCAUCACAGGCAGAUGCAACAGCUCAUCGAUCAUAUCCUGGACCAGAAAGUGGCAAAGACUGAUAUGAAACUGCGUCACAUAGUGACCAAAGGAAUUGAGGCAGGUGAUAUAUGGUUAGACAAACUGACAGCAAGCAUCCCCUACCUUGCACACCUGCGGAGUAAGAGGAGCAUCUCAGAUCUCACCCUGCCAGCCCUGCCUGAGAAACUGUUUCUGCAGUCUGACAGUUUGUUCCGAUACCAGUUCAACAAGGAUAAGCUGGCCAUCUCACUUCCUCUUCCACAUGGAGGCAAAAAGUCAGAAGAUAUAAACAUACCAACCACUCUGUCUAUUCCCCUUAUAGAUUUACCAGAGAUAGGUCUAUAUAUCCCUGCCAAAAACUAUCCACUACCAUCAUUCACUAUACCACCUUCUUUGGAUUUCACUGUCCCCCUUCUCGGUCUGGCUGAAGCAUCCACCAAGAUCAAUAGCAACUUUUACAGCUGGGAAGGCUCCAUCACUGGGGGCAACAACACUGUUGAUGUCCCAAGCUACAUUGCACAGUACAAAGCUAUGGCCCAAUCACCUUUUCAUCUACUGUCAUACAAGCUUGAAGGAAUCGGGAUGAUGUCAGGAAGAGCUGAUGAUAAUCUCAAGUAUCUUCUGAAUAGUUCCUUCAGCCAUAGUCUCAUUGACACAAGCUUCAGUGUCUUAGAAACCUUAAAGGUAACCAACAAAUUGAAUGCAAGAGCCAGCUACAAGAUUGAAGCCUCUAGUCCAGUAGGCAUGCAAGCCUCUCUUUACUACUCUGCUCAGUCAACUUCAGCUCUAGAUUCAGAUGAAGUCUCAGGAGAUGGCACUGUGGACGGAUCACUUAAAAUAGGUUCAUUCUACACCAAUACCUCCUACACCCACAGAUACAACCUACAUCCACUAGAUGGAGAAGGAAGAGGAGAGUCCACCCUGCACAUCAACUUGCCAUUUAUCGAAGUUCACAACAUGAUACAUGGAAUCUAUGCGAACUCUGAGUUGAACAUUGUGUUCAAAACCAAUGUCCAGAAGGAUGUUAUUAAGCAUGCAGCAGAGCUCAAGUAUAAAGAUGCACAACUAACCCUAAAGAGCAAUGCCAUUGCCACAGCCAUGGGUAAAUCACUCAAUAACAAAGUUGAGCUUAGUGGGUCCAGCCAUAUGGCCAUCCUCACAAUUGAGUCACAGGCAGAUGAUGACACAAAUAGGGCAUACUCACUUAUAACAGGAUCCCUGGAUUUAAAUGGGCUUAAGGUAAACUCUGAAGGUUCCCUCACCGUUGAUACAGGUCGUGGAUUGCACAAAGCUUCUGUUAUGAUUGGUAGAAAUGGUCUGACCACAAGUGGAACUAACAGCAUUCAGUGCAGCUCUGUCACGGUGGAGAAUAUAUUCAGUGGUGAGAUAGACAACAAUGGAGCAUUCCUGUCCUCUGGGACCAAAGUGAUGGCUGAGGAGAGCAGAGGAGAGCUGAGCAUUGAGGGUAAAAUCACACCUGUGGUAGCCUCUUUGAAUGGUGUCCUUAAGGGCCAUGCAUAUGGUGCAACUACAAGAAACAACAUUGAUAUUUUACUUAACCAAAGGGCUCUGACCUUUACUAGCAAUACAAUGGGAACAUUGAAGCAGAUGAAUACAGAAAAUAGCCAAACACUGACCCUCACUAUGUGGACCCUAGCCCUGCACUCCAAGACUAACAACUUCAUCUGUGAAGAUAUUUACUACAAGCAAGACACCAAUGUUGAUAUGAAACCAUUUGUUAUAUCGUUUGAUAUGACAAAUGAUCUCAAGUUGUAUGAUGUCAGUUUGAACAAUGAAGGUCACAUGAAGCUUGAGCUGAUUAAGAUGGAUCUGAGUGGAAGGAUGAAGGGAUCUUAUGGAGAAGAACACAAAAUGAAUCAUAUCUAUGAACUUAAGUAUGAUAAUAUGGCUGGUACAAUAAAACACAGCAUGUCUGGAAAUGUAAUGGAUGCCCAGCUAAGUCACAACUGUGAACUUGAGUUUGCUGCCCUUUCCUCCAAGACAAACUGUGAGGCACGAAUAUAUUCUGAACCUUUACGUUUUGACAGCACCAUUCGCACUAUGGCACUGCCUUUCAGCCUCACUGUUGAUGCUCUUAUCAACAGUGAUGGAGAAAUGAAUCUAUACGGGAAGCACACCGGACAGCUGUACAGCAAGUUGUUGAUUAAAGCUGAGCCCCUAGCUCUUGCAUACUCACAUGACAACCAAGUAUCAAUCACACAUAUGCUUUCAAGUGGGGAGUCUUCCACUAAUUUGGACAACAAAUUUGAUGGCCUCCUGACACCAAGUGACCAAUCUCUGACCUGGAAAGUAAAAUCUGAACUAAACAACCAUACUUAUAACCAGGACAUCAGUACUUACAAUAAUCCUGAGAAGAUUGGAUUUGAGUUUUCAGGAGUAAUGUUAACAGACAUUUUCAGCAAAUUAAGCAAAGACAAGAGAUCAGAAAUACAAGAAUUAGGUAUGGCUGGAUUCCUCAAGUAUGAUAAGAACAGUGACUGUCAUAUCAUUAACAUCCCAUUCAUUAAGAGUUUUCCUGUUGCUUUUGAGAAGCUCAAGAACACAUGUGUACAAGCCUUAGAAUUGCUUCAACAAUCCAUCAACAAUUUAGAUUUUAAUCAGAGAAUUACUGACUUUAAAGCCAAGUUAGAUCAGCUACCUAUGCAAGUGAGUGACUUCAUGCAAGUAACUGACUUAGAGAACAAAAUGAAUCAAGUAAAAGCAAAACUUGAUCAUUUAAUCCAUGAGUUUGCUGUAACAAUGGAUGACUUAGAGGUUGCAAUGAACAAUUUGAGAAAAAACAUGGAAAAUAUGGUAAUGGUCAUUGCCACCAAAUUGAGAGACCUCAUCCUUACAGUCAAAGACUAUGUCAAGGCCGGACACCUUGCCAACAAUAUAACAAAAGUACUUUCACAAAUUGGAAAUCAGCUUUGGGCCUUUGAUGAGAAGUAUGAAAUCAAGCAGUCAUUUAUUAAAGUACUUGAUGCCUUUGAGGACAUAAUCAGACAGAUUGAUUUACAGAAGCUCACAGAAAGCAGUGCUGGGUGGCUGCGAGAACUUGAUUCUAACUAUGGAAUCUUGGAGAAAAUCAAAGACAAACUGUCCAAAAUGAAGCAGUCCAUUGAGAACUUUGAAGUCAACAUGUUUUUACAAACAUUAGAGGAUUAUCUUCUCUCAAUUGAUUUGGCCAUGUAUGUUGAACAGCUAUCAUAUAAAAUCCCCUCUUCAGACAUAGCAAAUAUGAUGGAAUCUAUUAAUGAUGUUAUUGUAAACUGGAUUGAUGAAUAUGAAAUCCCCAACAAAAUAAAUACAGUGUAUUUUUACAUUAGGGAUUUACUUUUAAAAUACAGUCUUGAUAAUACAUUUAAAGAAUUAAUGGAUCAGGUAGUAAUUCUAAUCAAGGAAAUCAAAAUUGAUAAGACUGUGCAAUUAAUGGUAGAUGCUCUGAAAUCUAUCAACUUUGAAUUUGUUUAUGAUAGAAUUAUGCAACUUCUGCACAGUGUGACAAGCCAGCUCAGAGAAAUUGAUUUUAGGAAAAGCAUUGAUGACCUUAAUGGAUGCAUUUCUUUAAUGCUUAAGUCAAUCAAGGAAUUUGACUACAGUGCAUUUGUUAAUGAGAUUAACAAGAAAAUUGAUGAACUAACAAACUAUAUCAAUGAACAGAUUAAAACAUAUGAGAUUGUGCAAAAAAUUGAGGCAGUUAGGGAAUUUCUUAGAGAGAUCCAAAGUUCCAUCUUCACAUAUUUGCACAAACUCAAAAACACAAAGGUAGCUGACGCUUUAAAGAAACUGAAAAAAGUGAUUGACACAACAUUUUACAAUGACAUCAAGUUAAAAGUGCAGGAUAUCCUUGAGGACAUGCGACAAAGAAUCCUUGACAUGAAUAUCAGAAAUGAAAUGAACAUUUACCUCCAAAGGGCAAGCCAAUCCUACAGUAAUGGGGUGUCCUACAUUUCUGCGCAGUUUAACCAACUGAUGGAGAAGAUCAGAAAAGUAGCCAAUGACAAUGAGAUUAUCACCCAGAUGAAGCAAACUGUAGAUGGAGUUCUGGGUGCACUGAAGAGAGCUAAGAUUGAAAUUCCCACUUUUACUGUACCUCUCACUGACCUUGUCAUUCCAGCGUUUACAAUCAACUUGAACAAACUGCAGGAAAUCAGCAUCCCAGCUCAAAUUUCAGUCCCUGAGUUCACCAUCCUCAACUCCUACACAAUUCCUGCCUUCACCAUAGACUUUGAUGAGAUCAAAGCAAAUAUAGUUGCAAUCCUUGACAAAAUCCAAGCAUUUGAGAUCCAAACACAUGAUCCUGAGAAAAUCUUUGGUGACCUUAAAGUUCUUUACCUAUCUGAACUACCAGAUCUCACCUUUCCAGAAAUAACUCUUUCCGAAAUAAAAUUUCCAGCCUUCAAUAUCCCCAAAUUAAAUCUGAAUGGCUUUGAAAUUACAAUGCUUCCAAUUCCAGAGAUCAAAUUGCCUGAGGUUCCCAGUGACAUUUGUAUCCCAGUUUUUGGCAAACUACAUGGAGAAUUUAGAGUGAACUCCCCUCAGUACAUUCUUGAAACUACAGGGAAGAUUGAGAACUCAACGUCCACACCAAAAAACCCACAGUUUACAGCCACUAUUACUUCUUAUGCCAAAUCACCCUUUGAACUCCUUGAAUACAGCUUUGAAGCCACUGCUCAGUUGGAAGCUCCCAGAAUGAAGAAUUUGCUAUUCACAGAAAAAGUGAAAGCCUCAUAUGUGGCCUUCUCGAUUGAUCAUGAAGGAUCCUUGACACUCACUGGCUCUUCUGCUGAGGCUUCUGCUAAGACCACUACCAAGGACACAACCCAAAUGUACACAACAGACUUGGUCAACAAUAUGGCACUUACAAUAAAGAAUGGAAUCUCUGUAGCCAUAGACACAACCUACAACCACAUCUUGGACAUCCCGUCAAUUGAAACUUCAAGUCAGGCAUCAAUGAAACAGAAUAUAGCAGCCACAAUGGAAUCAGGCAGAAUAACUGUGACCGGUGAAACUACUGGUAAUGGAAAGUGGUCCAUUCAAGACUACUCUGAUGAAGGUACAUACAAAAACAAUGUAGAAUUCAACAUCAAUUUUAGCACGGCCAAGUUAACUUUUGUAGGAGAAGCAGACUGUAAGGCCAUGAAAUCUAAGCAAACACUGACUGCUGAAUCAGUGGUCUUAAGCCAUAUCACUGUUGAAGCAAUAUGUGAAACUGAACUUCCAUUUGUCAAGAAGAGUGUUGUGGUUUUAAAUGGAGAGGCUCAUGUUGGGGAAUUGAAAGUUGCGUUGACAGCCUCUCAUGAUGCUGAAUUCACUGAAAGUCUGAGUGGAUUCAUGGCCAACUCGCUGGAAUUCAUGACCCAUCCAUUUGAGAUUGUGCUUGAUGUUAAGAAUAAAGUAAAUUUAAAGAUGUUCUUCCCCUUGAAACUUAGUGGAAAGGUGGAUCUCCAGCAUGACUAUGGUGUCAUACUAAACUCUGAGAAGCAGCGUGCCUGUUGGUUUACUUUGGCAAGAUUCAACCAAUACAAGUACAAUCACAACUUCACAGCAGAAAACAAUGAAAUGGAAAUCUUAUUUCACUCAUCAGCUAAUGGAGAGGCUAAUUUGGACUUUUUAACUGUUCCUUUAUCUAUCCCAGAGAUAACUGUACCUUAUCUUGCGAUUAAAACCCCUGAGGUCAAAGACCUUUCUCUGUGGGAAAAUGCUGGAUUUGAAACCUUGCUUACCACUCCUCAACAGUCAUUCAAUAUGAAUCUAAAGCUUUAUUACUACAAGAACGCUGAUACACACAGCUUUGAAUUACACCUUGAACCAAUUUACAAUACAAUUAUUGGCAAUGCCCACAUUAUUCAUGCUCAAUUUGAACAAUGUAGAGACAGAGUAGUUGUACUUCUAAAUGAUUCGUACAACCAAGCAAAGUUACAGUAUAUCAAACACAAAAUAGACACUUCUAGCUUGCCUCCUAGAAUCUUCACUGUCCCUGGAUACAAAAUACCAGUAUUAAAUAUUGAGGUUUCUGCUAUUAGGGCUGAGAUGCCGGCCUUUAGCUACUUUGUUCCCAAGGAAAUUAGUACACCAAGCUUCAAAGUUCCAGCACUGGGUUUCUCUGUUCCAUCCUAUACCCUUGUGCUACCAUCUUUAGAGUUACCUGUCGUCCAUGUUCCAGAAACUUUAAGUGAAAUAAAGCUGCCCACUUUCACACUACCAGCCAUUCAGAACCACAUUUUGAUCCCAGCUAUGGGUAACAUAACUUGUGACUUCUCCUUCAAAUCCACUUUUAUUAGCUUAAGUGCUAAUGCUGGCCUUUACAACCAGUCUGACGUAGUUGCAAGGUUUGGAGCUUCCUCAACAUCUGUCUUUGACAUUUUGAACGGAAAAAUUGAUGGAACCACCAGUUUGACAAGGAAGAGAGGAAUAAAACUGGCUACCACUGUGUCCCUGGAGCAUAAUAAUGUGGAGGCAAACCAUGAAUGUGCUGUUAGUCUCACCAAAAGGAGUAUGGAAGGUUCUGUAGCCAACACUGCUAAAAUCAAUCUCCCCUUCCUCAAUCUAGAAUUGAAUCAAGAACUCACCGGAAAUACCAAGACCAAGCCAAAUGUUGUUUCCAAGAAAAAACUAAAAUACAUGUUUAACAUUCCUCUGAUUGAGUCUGUAGGCAAAGGAAACAUUGAAAUGAACUGGGCACUGGAAGCACUUUCUUCUUAUGUGUCACUGGAGACCUCUACCCAAGGAAAGUCAGACAUAAUGAUAAUGGACAGUUGUAACUUUGCUGGAGAUCUAGAAAAUGAGGCUAAUUUCUACCUUAAUGCCAAUAGCCUGCGUUCAACUGUCAGGACUGUCUUAAACUCAAACAUUGACAAACAGGAAAAUCAAAAACAAAGCUCAAACAACAUUUUUCAGUUUAACAUGAAUAAGAACGUGGCUCUUGACGUCUCCUUGCAGCGAAUGUUUGCAACAGUUGGCUACACCAGUAAUAACUAUGUUGAUUUCACAAAUUUCAACACAAAUGGAAAGCACAUUGUUAAGGGAGAACUAGAUUUUGUUCCUUUAACAACUUUCAAAACUACAUUGAGCAUUGCUGCAAGUCAGCCAAGUAGUUUGGGUCAUGCUGAACUUAUUCAGAGCAUCAACCUUGUCAUCAGCUCAGAUAAGCAGUCUUUCACUUGGAGUUGUAAGGAACAGCUGGCAUCUCUUAUCCAUGCUUGUGAUUUACUUUUGUCUAAUGAUAAAUCUGAAGUACGCAUGGACUUCACCAAAUCAGUGGAAGGCCACCUAGCUUUCUUGAAGUCAGUUAGGCUUCCUGUAUAUCAGAAGACCCUGUGGGAUGUUUUCAAGUAUGAUCAGGUCACAAAUAUGGAUGACUUACAAUUCCUUAACAUCUCUUCCAGCAUUGUGUACACAAAGACCAUGGAUGGCCAGGAGUAUACAAUUCCAUUCAAACUAUUUGAAAACAGCAUCACUUUUAUCAUCCCUGGGAUUAGUAUUGCAGUGCCUUCUUGGGUAAAAGAAAUUCCAUACUCCAUAAGGAACAUAGACAUGCGAUUUGAAAACCUGGAUGUCCCUGAUUUUUUCACUCUUCCCCCUGCAAUCUCAGUUCCAGCCUUUGAUGUGCCAUUUACCAAUUUGCAUGUGGAACACUUUACAAUUGAUCCUAAGAACCUUACCAUCCCUAAGGUUAUCACCACUACGGACUUUGAAAUCAUGUUGCCUGGCUUGCCAAAAAUGUCAGUGCCUAGUUACGAUAUUGAAACAGAGUAUCUACAGGGGAAAAUGUCAUUCCUUUCAUUUAAGAUGCCACAGUAUGGAAUCACAGUCUCAUCUUUCACACUACCAAAUUCCCUUACAAUUGAAGAGCACACCAUCAGCCUAAAUGAAAUCAUAAACCAGAUUUCCAACUUCCAACUUCCAACCAUCGUCACCCCAGAGCAAAAAAUUGAAAUCCCUGAAAUUGCCUUACAUCUGCCUUCAAGUGUGUUUAUUCCAGCUUUUGGAGCCCUCAUGGCCACUCUGAACGUUUCCUCCCCUAUAUAUAAUGUAUCAGCAACUGCCAAUGUAGAGAAAAAGGAUUCAAAUCUUGUAACCUCGCUGAAUUCAAUUUGUACUUCUACCAUGAUCUUCUUGGAAUAUGACCUCUCUGCCAGUGCAACCCUUGGAUUUGAUAAUGGAGUAAUCAAGCUAAAUGGGAAGUACAACUUUAUUCACAGUGAUAUAAAUGUCGACUGGCAACAUGUUUUGGCACAAAACCUAAGGAUGAAGCGCCAAACCCCUCAGGCUGGUUCUAUGGAGUCUCGUAAUACUCUCAAUGUUGACAUCACUAGUCGGACAUUUGUUGAUGCAAACUUCCGCUUUGCUUCCCGCAAAGAUGGCAUCACUGCAUCUAUGUCUUGUCCAUCAUCUGGUUUCCUUGGAUUGCAGUUUCAGCGGAGGUCUCCGUCACAGUUUUAUGGAAAACUGUUCAGUCGCUACCUGUCUACCCCUGAAAAGGAUACUGAUGUUUUCACUGCCAAAGCCAUGCUGAGAAACUCUCAGUUUAUCUUACAGACAUCAUGGAAUUGGGACUUCCUCCAUGAUGUGAUUGAGGGUACCAAGAACAGGAUUCCUGCUAUGACCGAUGCUGUGCUCAAGUUCAUUAACAAGUACCACACUGCCCACUUUGGCUUUGAUCUCAACCGUGGUGGCAUGAAGCUGAAAAAUACAGUUUCCAAUGUCAUAGAGAGAGUUUAUCAUGAGGUGCCUGUGUCUUUUACCACACUGCAGAAUUCAAUCAACCACCUUAGUGAUCAAGGAAAAGACAUGUACAUGAAGGCUUCUGAAAGCUUUAUGUCAAUGAGUGUGCAGGAUGUUAUAGACAUGUUGGCUCACAAAGCUAGACAACUCUUGAAACAUAGUAAAGACACAAUUAAUGUUUUCGCGCAGUCAGUGACAGAGUUCAUGAGUGACACAAAGUUUACAGUGCCUGGAUCUGAAGAAAAGCUCUCAAGCCUGGAGAUGUUCCAGGGAGCUCAUCAGUCUGUAUCAAGAGCCACUGACAGGGCAAUCCAAAGGUUUGCCAGCCUUGUGGAGAAGAUUUCCAAAUACAUCAGGGAAAUCAAGUUCACCAUACCUAGAACUGAUGUUUUCAAUGGAAAUAAAAUCAUGGAUAAACUGAUGUCUUCUAUAAGAUCUGUAUAUGAUCAGUUCAGAUAUUCAGUGCGCAGGGGGUGCGAUUUGCUUCAAAAAACAGUAAAUUACCUCCUCCAAGUGAUUGGUGAAAAAGCAAAGGAUUUCGUCACCCACCUAAAAGAUGCAAAUGUGGAAAUAGCUUCUCAAGUUGAUGCCAUCCACGCAGAAGUUCUGCAGUCUUCAAACCGACAUAUUGAGGAGGUAAAGAGAUAUGUGGCUGAGUAUAAAGACCAUGCCAAAGUGAAGAUUCAAGAGGCUUAUAAUGCUUUAAGAAUGGAGCAGGUAAAUAAUGAUACCAACAAAUUUAUCAGUAUUUUGCAAUCACAUCUCUACAGUGGACUGAAUGAAAGCGUACAUCUCAUGAGAAGGACAUCCCAGAGCACAGCACCGUACAUUAGAGUGAGCAAUAAAAAGAUGGACAUUGAAAUUCCUUUACCCUUUCUUUGGAAGUCUUUCAGCGAAUGGCCAACGCAAUCUAGUCAGUAAGUCAUGGCUCUCUUGAUAUAGUGGUAUCACUAUGGCUCACUGAAUUUAUGUCUGUGUGAAAGAAUGACUUUUUGUUUGAUGCCAAUGAUAAUGUGUUUAAAGAUGUUUUAACUCACACGAUAUAGCCUAUUAUGUGAGAUUUCUUUAAAUUAGAUGAUAUAGACAAUUAUGACCUACCAGUGUUUUCCAUCUUAAAGUUUGAUUAUGGUGUUCAAUUAAACAAUAUUGAAAAUA